UGCCAUGCACGAUAAGAAAUUUCCGUGGUUUUGCGCAGAGCAGAGAAAGUUUAUAAAAAAUACAACCAGAUUUCUGCUAUUUUUGAACGUGUCAAUCGCCAAAUUCAGUGUCAUUUAGAUUCUUUCUGUACUUUGAGCUUCUCCCAUUACAUUAUGUCAAAGAGAGGAGGAGGCCGAAAAGGAGGUCAUAAGGGGCGAAAUCGUCGCUUCAACAACCCAGAGGAAAUUGAUGCACAGCUAAGGGAUCAUGAGUGGAGGGAGCCAGGAAAAGAAGGAGAAGGAGGAGAUGGAGCUGAUGCACCAAAACCCUUCAAGACAAUAUCAGACACAGACUCAGACGAGGACUCAGAUGAUGAGAUUGCCCCUAACAAAGGAGUGAGUCACCUCAUAGAUAUUGAAAACCCAAACAGGGCAACAAAUAAAAUGAAGAAAGCGUCCAGGGUUGAUGUGAAUGAAUCAGGAACCACUGCAUUGUCUAGACGAGAAAGGGAAGAGAUAGAGAAGACCGAGGCUCGGGAGAGAUUUGCAAAACUUCACAAGGAAGGCAAGACAGUGGAAGCCCAAGCAGACCUCGCACGGCUAGCGAUCAUCCGCAAACAACGGGAAGAAGCAGCAAAGAAGAAAGAACUCGAAAAGAAAGCAAAAGAAGCCAAAGCAGCCGCUUCACAGAGGAAAAAAUGACAGCCCGGAAACUUGUAGGUAAUUAAUGAUAAAUGUAAUACAUUGUAAUAUUAAACAAAAUUAAAUAAUGGUUGAUAAACCUUUCAAUUGUUUAUGUGGGUAACACAAUCAGAAAACUUUGCGGUUUCUACUUGUGUUUUCGUAGAACUUGUCAAAUAUUUCACAGCAAACACAGGGCAUGGUGGCCGAGAUUAUAUUUAAGGGGGACUGUCAUCAAGAUCAUAGCAGGCUUGUGGGUGUGCAUGGAUAUAUGAACCCUAACAUAUGAACUAUGAACUCUAUACUGCAUUCCGUUCAUAGAAAAAUAUCCCGGAGAGCGCUGUGCUCGGUCCCCCUCUGCGAUAGGCGUGUAUGGCAAAAUGGCAUCGCACUUAAUCGUUUCUACUUGUUUUCAUUGGUCAGUGUUCAUCGCACGCACAAUUACACAUUCGGCGUUCUCCGGGUUCAUCUCUAUGAUGCGUGUACAUGUGCUGGUUGUCGUGGCUGCGGAUACGAUUCUUUGGAUGAGUAAAUUCAGUCCUGUAAAAAAAAAAAAAUAAACCACAAUUGCAUGUACCGUCACAUAAAGAAUAAAUACUCGCUGUGCAUAAAUCAAUUUUAUCUUACAUGUCUUUGCGCUUGUUCAAAUAAAAACAGUUAACUUUUAAAUGCAUGUUAAACUUGGUCCGGAGGGUUUUCCUGAUUUUUAAUUCUGGUUCAGGAACCAUUUUGAGCCACACGCCCUUUGGUCUUUGUGGUUUUUCAAUAUCAACUUGUGCGCAUAAACACAUGCAUUUUCAGCAGUAAACCAAUGGGGUGAUUCUUUUCACCUCAGUGAUUGUUUCUGAUCUGCCUUAACAAUUUUCUCAGACUUUACUGAUUUUAAUUAGGGGGAAAUGUUUCAUGGAAAGUGAAAGGUGGUUAAUAUACAACUACAAGUAUACAUUGUAAGCAAGGUAUGACAAUGAAACAUUUUUUCUUUACAUAUUAGUCAAUCCGUUGUUUUUAUUCAGUAUUUCCUUCCAUUGUAUGUAAUUUUUUAAGGGUAAUUAGGUUAUAUUUUUACAUUGUUGAAAAUACUUUAUUUGAGCAUGAGUCCCAACUGCUACUUAACACAGAUUGGGUUUCUAAAAUUUCUCAUGUUUUAUUUACAGGCAACAGUACAUUGUAUGUGAACGCUUAAUGCAUGUGCGCCAAAUUUUGCAAAACACCAAUUUAAGAUAUUUUCCAGGUUUCUUUCUGUUUAAACUUUUUCAAGACAGAGAUACUCUAAAAUAAAAACUGGUUGUGAAAUUCUGGUCCAAUAAUUCAUGGUGGCAAUCGCCUCCAUGCCCUUUGAAAUGUUUAAGCAAAAAAGUCUGAUUUUCCAUUUAAGAGACUGCCUCAAAAUAAGAUACAUUGUCUUCUCUUACAAGAAUAAAGUACAUGCUUAAGGACAGAUAAUGUACAAUUGUAACUUAAAUUGCCUGUAAAAUUUGUGCGACCUCAGACUUGUGUUUCAUAGAUUUUGUUGAAUAUUUCACAGCACACAAAGGGCAUAGUGAAAGAGAUUUUUAUUAACAAUGUGCAUUUUGAGGAAACAACCACUAACUUGGUUUUGAGAACGUUUGAUUGAAUUGGGUGAAACAAAAUGGCUGCUCCAUCAACAGAUUUAAAUAACUACUGGAGAUUUAUGCAUACAUAUUGGUUUUUAAUCCCGUAUUAAAGAAGUAAAAUUGUUAUGUUCUUUGUCUAUUUAUCAUUAUUUGCUUUGUUCUUCUGAUCAUUAAAAAGUAAAAGACAAUUUA